AUGUAUAUGAUCUCAGAGCAGUGGUUCUUAACCUGGGUUCGAUCGAACCCUAGGGGUUCGGAGUGCGGUGACAGUGUGGGGCAGCAGAAUGGUGGCAGGCCUGUUGGCACACACGAGCCGUGCAGAGGGGCAAAGCUGCGGUCCAUCCACAUCGUGGCGCUGGGCAGCGAGUGCCCCGGAGGAGUCGGUCCAGGAGAUGAGAUGUUGGGGCAGGGGCAGCUGCAGGGGGGGUUGCUGUGGAGCUACCUGGGUCAGGGAGCCAUGGUGGGACCGUGCGACCUAGAGAGCAGUAUGCACAACCCGGCUUUCAUGGAGUACACCUCACGUGUCUUUGGAGAUGUCACGGUAGUGGUUCGGGAUUGUCCCAGCUGGGACUUGCUGGACAGCGACUGGGCCAGUGUUCGGAAAGUUCUUGAGCAGGCGGACAUUUUAGUUAUUAAAUAUUCAGUCACUGACAAGCUGGCCUUCCAGCAGGUCAGGAAUGGCUAUGCUCCGAGACUCCGCCCACUCCUGAGGCACUGGGGCGUGCCCGUCAUCCUCGUUGCUGUGGGAGCGCGGCUGAAUGAUGAAGGCCCCCCCUGUACAUGUCCACUGUGUGCCUCUGACUGGAGCAGCUGCGUACCUCACAGUGAAGGUUUGCAGUUGUCCCGGGACUUGGGGGCCACCUAUCUGGAGUUGCCCUCCCUCAACCAUGUCUUCGUGGGUCGCUACUUUGGCAGCGUGCUGGAGUACUUCAUGAUUCAGUGUCUGAAACACAAAGCCAAAGAGAGGCCAGAGAAGAGGCGAGGAAAUAAAGUGAAUGAACUUCGCCCCCCUCACUUAGAACAGCCAGGUCAGAGGAAUACUAUGCCAAGCAAUGAGUGA